CACCCCCCCCGGAAUUCGCACGGGGUGAGAAGCACCAGUUUUGGAGCCACGCUGAAUGGGGUCCUUACCCCGCUUCUCUGGCCCAAUGCCACUUCAUCUCUCUAAAACCCAGAUCUUACUUACUGUGUGGCGCUGGGAGUCAAGCCCAGAGCCCUGCGCGCGCCUGGCAAGCGCUCUACCCAAGCCACACCCCUAGCCCCAAGCUCUGACUUUUAAAUACAGACAUAACCCCUUGCAGGGUGGUCGUGGAGCAAGGUCGGCUACUUCCGCGGGCCCUGUCACCGCCCCGACGGCGAUCGAGCCCUCCCUGGCUCUGCACUUGCGGGCGACUCGACUGUGAGACAGAGACUGAGGCCCGGACUGCAAACCGGUUCAGGGCUCGCCCUGAAUCUCUCAGCACCGCGGCUGCACUGUGGGCCUCGACGCCUGCGGAGCAACAGGAGAAAGAAACAGAACAAACGUGGAACAACAGGAACGCACAGGACCUAAGGUCAAAAGAGGCGCAGGCGCAGACAAGGUUUCUGCUGGAGGCGGGGCCUUACAGGGGCGGGGCUUGGCGCAGAACACCCCGCCCCGGUCCGUCCGCAAAAGCGCUCCGCUCCCCCGCAGUCCGCUGGUGGCGAGGGGUCGGCGCUGCAACUAGCCUAACCGGUUCUCGUGUGGCCCGGCAGCGGGCAGAGCUGCGACCCGGCCAUGCGCCCGCUGCUCGGUCUACUCCUCGUCUUCGCCGGCUGCACCUUCGCCCUGUACUUGCUGUCCACGCAGCUGCCCCGGAGCCCGAGACCCGGCUCCGCGGAGGAGCCCGGCGGCAGGUCACUGUGGUUCCCUUCUGACCUAGCAGAGCUGCAGGAACUCUCUGACAUCCUUCGAGAGUACCGGAAGGAGCACCAGGCCUAUGUGUUCCUGCUCUUCUGCAGCGCCUACCUUUACAAACAGGGCUUUGCCAUCCCUGGCUCCAGCUUCCUGAAUGUUUUAGCCGGUGCCUUGUUCGGGCCAUGGCUGGGGCUUGUGCUGUGCUGCGUGCUGACCUCCGUGGGUGCCUCGUGCUGCUACCUGCUGUCCAGUGUUUUUGGCAAGCAGCUGGUGGUCUCCUAUUUCCCGGAUAAAGUGGCCCUGCUACAGAAGAAGGUGGAGGAGAACCGAGACAGCUUGUUCUUCUUCUUGCUGUUCCUGAGGCUUUUCCCCAUGACACCAAACUGGUUCUUGAACCUCUCGGCCCCGAUUCUGAACAUUCCCAUCCUGCAGUUCUUCUUCUCAGUCCUUAUCGGUUUGAUCCCGUACAAUUUCAUCUGCGUGCAGACAGGCUCCAUCCUGUCAACCCUCACCUCCCUGCAUGCGCUUUUCUCCUGGGAAACGGUCCUAAAGCUCUUGGCCAUUGCCCUGGUGGCCUUAGUCCCUGGAACUCUCAUUAAAAAAUUCAGCCAGAAGCACCUGCAGUUGAAUGAGAAGGGGCCUGCGGGUCACACAGAUAGUAAAAAAGACACGUGACCUGCAUGGUCCCUUGGCUGCUUCCCUGAAGAUCCUUGCUGACUUGUGUAAUGGACGUGGCUUGAAGAGUCUCAUUGUCCUGCGACAACAUUCAUCCUGUCACGAGGGGCGCUGUGCCCUGGAAGGUGGACUGUAUCGGGGCUUGUUCCACAAAGAACUCAGGAUGGUCCGUCGGGUUUGCCUCUUGACCAUGCUCGCUGCUCGGAGAAGAUGGUUGUCUUUGGCCAAAGCACCUCCUGCAAAGUGCCAGGCUGUGUGACCAUGUUCAAGUUCAUAGCAUCAGUACUGGCUGUGAGCCCGCAUCGCCCAUGUGGCCCUUCCUCUUCUGUGUUUUUUUGCUGGUGAUCUACCUCUUCCAUAAACCAAGGGAAUCAAGUUGAUGAACCCCCAGGACUUCCACAUGGAGCUUAAAGGCACAGUGACUUUUGUGAUGCUCUUAUGUUCAGUCACCUGAUGUCCGUGUGUGGCACAUCUCUUGUAUGCUAUGACAGUUAUGCUGAUUGCAAACGUAAUUAAAUGUUGGCACAAA